AUGAACAGCGACGACGAGUAUAAGCAGGACACCGUUCACAAGGAAGCGAUUAGUCCAACGGCUACGGACAACAAUGUCACCGACUAUGCUUACGAUCAAGUUGAGGAGAAGAGGCUGAUCCGCAAGGUCGAUUGGAGGCUGCUUCCUAUCUUGGGUGCCCUGUAUUCCAUUGCGCUCAUAGAUCGCACAAAUAUCUCCAAUGCUCGAGUUGCUGGAAUGGGUCCGGAUCUCAACCUACAGAUCGGAGAUCGAUACACUAUCGUCUUGGUUCUAUUCUUUCCAACGUACUUCCUGCUUGAACUUCCAUCCAAUAUCGUCCUUCGCAAAAUUGGCAGCGCCAAUUGGCUAGCUUUCAUCGCCGUAUCAUGGGGUGCUGUUAUGAUCGGUCAGGGCUUCGUCGAAAGCUGGAUCUCACUUGCCAUAUGCCGCGUUUUACUUGGAGCGUUCGAAGCCGGGUUCUUCCCCGGAUGUGUAUACCUCAUUACCUGCUGGUACCGCCGCUAUGAAACACAGAAAAGACUAGGUGGCUUCUACCUCUUUUCCGUCGGCAUUGGUGGCCUCGCAAACAUCCUUGCAUAUGGUCUCAUGCAGAUGGAAGGUGUUGGCGGUCUCCGCGGCUGGAGAUGGAUCUUCAUCAUAGAGGGCAUCCUGACCUGUGUUGUCGCGAUCGCGGCCUGGUUCAUCAUUCUGGACUUUCCCGACAAAGCUGAGAGGAAAGGUUUCCUCACUUCCGCGGAAGCUGCUGUCAUCAUGCAGCGUAUCGAAGACGACCGAGGCGACUCGAUAGCGGAUCCUUUAACCUGGGCCAAGUUCUGUUACCACUUGAAAGACCUCAAGCUAUGGGCGUACGCCACGUUGUUCAUGUCGACUACUAUGCCAGCCUAUGCUUUCAGUUAUUUCCUCCCGGUCAUCCUUCUCGGCAUGGGCUAUUCUCCUGGUCAGGCGAACGCUCUAUCCGCACCACCUAGUCUGUUUGCGAUGUUCACAGCCUUCGGUUUCGCAUGGCUAGGAGACAAAUACCGCCUUCGUGCUCCUGUCAUCGCUGCACAAUCGAUCCUCGCCAUCAUCGGUCUCAUGAUCGUAGCAUAUGCUAGAAACAACGGGGCAAGGUACUUUGGCUCAUUCCUCGGAGUAUGCGGCUGCCAGGGUAACGUCCCGGCAAUUCUCGCGUACCAAAGCAACAACAUCCGUGGCCAAAGUAAGCGGUCUGUCGGAAGCGCUCUCCAGAUCGGUUUCGGUGCAAUCGGCGGUAUUCUUGCGUCAACGACUUUCGUUCAAGAAGAAGCUCCAACAUACAUUACGGGUCUCUGGGUAACGACUGGUCUUCAAAUCUACAUCCUGCUAGUGUUGUGCUGCACUACGACAUACUUCUUGAGGAAGAACAAGAUAGUAGACCGGCAGAGGGCUAAUGGAGAGCCGAUGGAUGAGAACGAAGGCCAAGCUGGGUUCAGGUAUACCAUAUAA